ACACACGCAGUCGAAAGGAUGUUUCCAGUGACGGGCUCGCCGAAAUCCGUUGCUUUCCGAUCAAAGCAUACCCGCAAGUACCUAGGUAGCGUGCAAGCAGGGAGCGAGGAGAGCGCCGGCGGAGGCAAGUUCUUCGAGGAGCUGAGCCACGGCGCCGACGACGUCGAUGUCCUUGCAAGCCCGUACACUAGAUUCUACCUGGAGCCAUCCAAGGAGCACGACGGGCUCCUGCACGUCAGGUGCUGCCACAACAACAAGUACUGGGUGGCCAAACAUGUCGGUGAAGGCAGCGGCCACUGGAUCAUUGGCAUCGUCAAUGAACCGGAGGACGACCUGUCCAAGCCGUCAUGCACGCUUUUUGAGCCCAUCCCUCUCGCGGACACGGACAAUAAUCUAUCCAUCAGAUUCUUCCGUCCUCAGCAGACAACAAGCUCUGAAUCUGAUAUGACCAAGGAAAAGGGGACAACUGAAGAAGCCUACCUGUUUCUGGGAACCGGAGGGCAUGAAAAAGCAGUUGAUCAAGUUAAAUCUCUUCAUGACUUCUCCGCCAUUGAUCUGUCGAAGCAAUUGGUACUACCUAAAUAUGUUGCUUUUAAAGGCGACAAUGACAUGUACCUCCGGGCAAGGAUCAUCCAGAAACGCAAUUACCUGGAAUUCUCAUCAUCUGAUAUUGCAGAUUCAACUGUGGUCAACACUAUUUUCCCCAACUAUGCUAAUGGGAACGUGCGCAUAAAAUCUAACCACUUCAAUAGGUUUUGGAGGCUCAGCCCCAACUGGAUCUGGGCUGACUCGGCCGACACCAGUAGCAGAGACCGUGACACGCUCUUCAGGGUGGUCAUGUUGCCCGACUACAUCGGUCUCCAGAACCUAGGAAACUCCAGGUACUGCAAGAGGCUAACUGCCGACAAGAAGACAAGCUGCCUUAACGCCGCCGUCGAUACCAUCACCCUUGAAGCAAGGUUACGGGUGGAAGAAGCCGUACUUUCGCGAGAGGUCUAUGGCGUGGAGUUCAAG